AUGCGAUGUGCUGAGCGUAUCGUUCCGUCUUGGCUGGAUGUAGCGGACGGCCUCAACCUCAGCAUUUGCAUACUCAGGGUUCUGCGCACUCCAAACCUACUCCCCUGCCCACCCAACCACCCGAACUCUACAUCAGACAUGGCCGGCAGCAUCAUCGUCGCCAACAACUCCAACGAGCCCUGCCACGUCUUCGUGUCCAAGUACUCGCGCUCGUCCGCGCACGACGACUGGUACGUCGUCCAGCCGCACUCGCGCGAGUCGUGGACGCGCGACGGCUGGGAGGUCGUCGCGUUCAAAAACGCGAACGACACCGACCGCGCGGGCCUCUACGUCCCCGUGAACUCCACCGUUACGUACCUCGGCCUCCACAACCUCAUCAGGUCCUGAAAGCGCAGCCGCGACGCCGAGGGUGUUAUGGUAGUACUUCUGGUACUACUCGAAAUGUAUGCGCGCCGAGGUGCAAUGACCAAGUCUCUUGAGCUGUUGUAGAACGUCCGUAACGCGGAUUAUGCUAGACUGCAGCGUGGUUUAC